AUGGAGAAUCUUCACCGUGAUAUUUUAGACAAUAUACUUUCUCGCUUACCCAAUAAAUCAAUUUUACACUUCAAACUAGUAUGCAAAACUUGGAGAGCUCUUCUCGUAAAUAAAACAGGUCUCCUUUACAGCGAGUUCUUUUACUGCAGGGGCUGCCAGCUUGAAAUCCAAUUUCAUUAUGGAAAAGAUUCCGGUCAACUUUUUGAUUAUAAUGAAAUUAAUAUUAAAAAGCUGCAGCAUGGCAACUUCAGAUUGACAAGCAUCACUUCGGCGUUCCUGGUUGGUUCAUGCAAUGGAUUAGUUUGCCUCGAAGAAUUGCAUGAAUAUAAGGGAAAAAUGUAUUCACGUCAAGUCAUUAGUAUUUGCAAUCCGUUUACUGGAGAAUUCAUUAAUCUUCCAGGAUCAAGGAAACUGAAUCUAUUGCAAGAAGACUCAGCGGUUGGAUUUGGUUACAUUCCUGCCACUAAUGAGUAUAAGAUUGUUAGAAUACAUUAUACCAUGGCCAAGGAGGGACGUGUCCAGGUAUAUACUCUUGGCUCCAACCUCGGGUGGAGAGAUGUAGGGAGAAUGCCUUUCUUCCUCCCCUUGCUUAGGGAUGUUUCAAAUAGAGCUUUAGGGAGGAUUCCUUUCAUACCCCCCUUGUUUGGGGUCUUUGCAAAUGGAGCUGUUUAUUGGUUGGUCGAUUUGACAACCGAGAAAUUCAAAAGUGUCACAUCACCUCCUUUAAAUGGACAUGUUCAGCCUAGACUCUUGUUGUUGGGGGAAUAUUUAUGUCUUGUUCUUAAAAACGCGAUGUACGAUUGGAUCGAUAUAUGGGUAUUUCAGAAGAAAAUGGACAGUGGUACCAUUUGUGAAGCCAAGCAAAACCGACAUGAGCGCUACUACGACCAUCAACAAGAGUACUACUACGACAACGUUAAUACUUGGGGUUGGAGUAAAGAGUACUCCAGUAUACCAUUUGUCAAGUGA